CUGUCCCCCACGCCUGCGCAGUAGCUCGGGGAGCCAUGGCGGCGCAGGUUGUCCGUGGUGCCCUCUGGCUGCGGGCGGCGGCUCGGUUGCGGGCCCUGGCGGGGCUCACAGCCUCGGGCCUGCCCAAGGAGCUGCUGCCCGGCCCCUACCCGCGCACACCGGAGGAGCGACUCGCGGCUGCCAAGAAGUACAACAUGCACCCGGCGGACUAUGAGCCCUACCCGGACGAUGGGCUGGGGUGUGGUGAUUAUCCCAAACUCCCUAACCGAUCUCAAGAAGAGAGAGACCCCUGGUAUUCCUGGGACCAUGCAUUUCAUAGACGAAACUGGGGAGAGCCGAUGCACUGGGACUUUGAUAUGUUUAUCCGGUCCCGUGUUGACACAACCCCCGAAAUGUUACCUUGGAACACCGUGGUCAAUUGGACUUUAUUCGCUCUGGCCUGCAUUGCAGUCCUGUUCUGGGUUGGACAUCAUUUUCCAUCCUACAUGCCUGUGGGGCCAAAACAAUAUCCCUACAACAACCUGUACCUGGAACGAGGUGGUGAUCCUAACAAAGAGCCCCCUGUAGUGAAGAACUAUGAACUCUAAGUCUUGUGAAAUGCAGCUUUUCUCCUGGGUCAGCUACUCUGGAGUUUUCCACAGUGUUCAAGACGGGAUAUGCUAAUACUUGUUGUAAAAGGUUUAACUUCAGAUAAAUGCAUUUAUGCAAUCUUU